GGACUAUGUGUAUGACCAUCACCUGGUACUUUCAACCUCUGGCUGCCCUCGAAAUGGAUACCCAAGUUUCUCGCCCACAGGCACACAUCACGCAUGCCAUGAGUGACUUCGAACACGAAAUAAGGCAAAGAGAUCAAGCCGGACAUUCCGCCUUUCUCAAAGACAACUCUCGGUCAUCCUCGGUAUAUGACGAGAUAGUCGAAAGCUAUAGCGACACAGCACCUAAAAGACACCAAGAAGGGUUCUCUUCAACUGUUCGGAAUGUCGCUUCCCAGCCGGCACUACAACGGGAGGAGUGGUCUACAGGAGCCCAGCCACGCAACAAGCCAACAAGUCCACGUCUUUCUCCCCGUACCGGCACCUUUUUCGAUGCCUUCCGCAACCAUCAAGACUUAGGCUACCUAAAGCCACCGCCUCUCUCAGUGCCGAUCUCAAGGCCUGUCGAGACAGCUCGCCCUCAAGGCCGAACACGAAGCUCCCCCGUUCCUCUCAUGCAUCGCCAAACUUCUAGAGUCAGCCUCUUUCCCAGGAUCGAUCAUACUCCAGCUGUGACGCCAUGUCCCUCCUAUUCCGCACCCGAAAUAUCAAUACCAUUCCAUAAUCCGGCAUCAAGCACAGCAGUUAGUGUCUCAAGCACGAGACACUUGACCGCAGCACCACCACCACCACCACCACCUGUUCCCCCGAAAGACACUUCACUUCGACCACCACCCGUUCCCCGGAAGGACACUCCCUCUCUACCACCGCUCAGAGUACCCUCACAAACUCUAUCUACUAGCGACGAUGCCUCCAUGAGAAACCCCAUCAAAGGCCCCGCUCUGUACACCCAGCCCCGUCCCGUCCCGUCGACUCCAAAUCCCUGCCGUCAUCACCAGCGCCAAGCGAUGCGCCUCAACACGCCCUACAUGCAAAUGCUUCUCGCCCUUGACAAAAUACCCCGUCUGCAUAACAUCCUCGUUUCGUGUUUUACCUGGAUCCUUCUCGUUGCGUUUAUCAUCGUUACCGGAUCCUUUCAUACCCCUUCUGGAUCCGUCGUGUAUCUUAUGGAAUCGUGGUUCGCCGUCAGCCUAGGUUGCAUGGCCCUCGGCAUCCUAGGUUGCCUCUGGCUCGGCAUCCGGUGGCGGAGAAAUUAUGUCUGGUUGAUUAACAGGCUGUAUAUGCCUCUGUUUUUGAAUGGACUGGCGGGUGUGUUGGCUACUUUGGUGAGUGUGCAUGCGCAGCAUAAAGGGGGGUGGUGUUUUCCGGCAGUGAUGGCGAUGGCAGUGGAAGGGGUUUUGAUGGUUGUGUCGGUGGUGUCGCUUGGGUUGUAUAAUUUUUGGUUGUUGAGGAGGGUGAAGAAGUUUGAGAAUGGGUAUUAUGGUAGGGGUAGAAAUGACUGGGAGGGGGGAGAGAAAGAGGAAAGGUUCAAGAGUCGGGGAUGGAAUGCGCCGCCUCAUGCACCGGGAAGUAUUGUGUAGAUGGUGAGUGUAGAAGAUUAGGACGAAUAGGAGUGGAG